UUUCUUUCUUACCCUUUGCUCUCUUGUUUCUCAUCGCAUUGGGUGGCACUCGUACUCUUCGCGUCCCAUUUAUAUAUUCUAAAACAGUAAAGUAAAGACUCCAUUUUUCCCCCUUAUUUUUCUCUUUCUCAAAAAUGGUGAGAUAAUAAUAAGACUAGGACCUGCCACGCACAGGAGUUUGAACAGGAGGGAAUCCAGAUAUUUAGAUUAUGAUGAUGGGGUUGGCAGUGGCAGGGAAGGGUGGCAGAUGAUGAGAGGUAAGGAGGAGGACAAAGGAGAUCAGAUUCAUGAGGAGCCCUCUUCACAAACCGCAACAGAUGAGAGAGAAGUACUGAUGCUAAUGCAUGGGCCCUUCCAUAAAAAGGCUGCAAAACAAAUGAGUGGAACAGCAGCACCAGAGUGUAGUAGCAGCAGUAGCAAUAGCAAUUAAAUCUUUUUCCUGAUGACUUUUUCUUCUUUCUUGUGUUGUGUGGCUGUUUUUUUUCUCUAUCUUUUUUAAUAAUGGGGUCAGGUUCAUUCAUUAUUUCUCCAUUUCCAUACAUGAUCCCUGCAGAAGCUCCUAUUAUUUUCGCCUUUUUAACUCGCUCCCUUUAAUGAUAACCUGGCUUGUGAGUGAUGAUGAUCAACACUUUUGUCAUUGUUGAAGCCUUUAGCUCUUUGCGAGUUUAUGUUGAAGACUACGACAGAGGUAGAGGGAAAAUGAUGAAAUGAUGCAUCAUGAUUCUUUCUUCAUGGGUUAUGUAUGAGAUUCUGUCAACCGAGUUUCUUGGGUUCUGGAUUCUUGAAUAAAAUCCCACACUUUUCCUCUUCAUGCAAGCAAAACAGCUCACUUUUUGCGUUGGUGUCCUUCUUUAAGUAUUCACUUUCUGCAUUUUAAAGCCGGUGGGGUUAAUGCAGUGGUGUAGUACACUACUCCUUGGCUUUUUCUACCCGACUCUAUACUAGCACUACUUCAAUAUUCAAGGUGUAUCAAAAUUUUCAAAAAAAUUACCGAGAAAAAGGGGUUCUUUUAAGCACUGUUUAGCGGGCUUUGAUUUGUCGUACUGUUUGGGGAGAGCCGGGAAAACCCAUGAGCAUCCUUCAUGAGAGUUUCACAGUACUGCUUACACAGGAUUCUUUUGGAUUCUCUGAGGAAACCUACAUGUAGUGCCCGUGCCCAAGUAUACGUUUUCAAGCUUUCACCUUUUUCCUUGUAAUGGUAAGUAUCAGCAACAAUUUAGGUCCCUUGUAAGGCGAAGUAUCCUACCAAUCUACCUUCUCAUAUCUUCAUCCAGUAUAUUCUCUUGACAAGGCUGGUAAAGAUUAGUAGGGGAAGGUCCAUUAUCCAGUAGACUGGUUAUUUCAAGAUACUUGAUCUUUCCUCUACAAAGACAAUCAAGAAAUUGAUGCAUUCGAUAUGCCAAUAGACAUGACUGAACCAAGUUCUGGAAAUCCAUUUGAUGCAAACUUCCUCAGCUCUUCUGAAUUAAUUGUGUUGAACAACCGAGACCGGAUACUUUCUGGAAUUCCUGGGCCUUCAGUAGUGCAGGGUGACGGCACCAGUUCACAAGCAUGGAUCCAUGAGCCAAAUUCUGGCAGGAUCUCUGAUUCUUAUAUGUUAAGAAACACGCUGCCAGAAAGAGAACCUAUGGGGGUUGUCCCAUAUGGAGCAUCACAUCAAAUCAGUAGUACUCAAGUUCAGGAUAGAUAUAUGGAGGGAAUGCCCCUUUCUGCUGCAUCCAUUGCCACCCUUUUGGCUGCAAGGUCUGAUAAUCAGGAGAAUCUAGAAAAACCUGUUUCUUCUGCUCCUUUAAUUUACCCCUUGGAAAUACCCAGAAGUAUUGUCCUAAAUGACAAUGCUGACAAUUUAAAUCCAUCUCACAGCUCUAUGAGAUAUGGGUAUGAUGGUUUACCUGCUUCUACAAGCACAAAAUGGGAUUUUAACAAUUUUGCUGCUCAUCCAGAGCUAGCAGGGGCAGCAGUGGGAAGGACUGGAUUGCAACCAUUUGAGUCAAUGAUGAACCUCUAUCCAAAUGAGUGGAUAACAUCAGAAAAUGCCAAUUUGGACUCUGACAGUCCCUCAGGCUGUUCUAGGUUGAGUAACGAGCUGUCCCUCAGCCUUGCUAUGACAAACCCUUCUGUUGUACACAGGACUUCUAUCCAGGAUCAGUGUUCCGAAAUUUGCGGCUCCAGUAGCCCUUGUGAAAGAUGUUUGGGCUCCGAACAAACUUCUUGCAAUAGGAAUCUUUCUUUGGGCUUUGGUUCUUAUAGGCCAGUUCAGCUUUCGCAGUUCUUAUCUGGGUCAAGAUAUAUCCAUGUGAUGCAAGAAUUACUCGCUGAGAUAGCUGCCUAUUCUCUUGGAAGUCUUGACCUGAUGAAGUCUCCUGCUAUUGGAAUGGAAGACAGGGCAGAUGCUUCAAUUUCUUCAAGUUGCACUGCUGUAGAAGGAUAUUUAUCUGCAGCUUCUGAAGACUUUUCUGAUGCAUCAAACAUAGUAAGAUAUCAAAUUGAUCCCGUACUUCCAGGACGAAAUGCAGAAAGAAAGAAGAAGCAACUGCUGGGUUUAUUAGAAGCGGUUGAUGAUAGAUACAACGAAUGCUUAGACGAGAUACAUACCGUCAUUUCUGCAUUUCAUGCUGUGACUGAGUUGGACCCUCCUAUACAUGCUCGUUUUGCUCUUCAAACAAUCUCUAUCUUGUAUAAGAACCUACGUGAGAGGAUUAGCAACCACAUUCUUGCAAUGGGAGCACAUCUCAGUCAAGGAGUAGUGAGAGAAAAUGAAGAGUCUUUUGAGGCGUCUUUCAUCCAGAAGCAAUGGGCACUUCAGCAGCUAAAAAAAGACAAUCAGUUAUGGAGGCCUCAAAGAGGGUUGCCAGAAAGAUCUGUUUCUGUCUUGAGGGCCUGGAUGUUUCAAAACUUCCUCCACCCGUAUCCGAAGGAUGCAGAGAAGCACUUGCUUGCAAUGAAAAGUGGCUUGACCAGGAGCCAGGUAUCCAAUUGGUUUAUAAAUGCUCGAGUACGACUUUGGAAGCCAAUGAUAGAGGAAAUGUAUUCUGAGAUGAAUAGAAGAAAAAUUCGUCACAAUGACGAAGAAACGAAUAGCAACCAAAGAAGUCGAGUGAGCCUCGAGAAUGGAAGAUUUUCGAUGUAUUGAAAAGUGGUAAAGGGACUUGAUUUUUGGCUACUGCAGCAAAGAUCCGUGCUGACAAGUCACUGGACACCGGAACUGUAAAUUUUCAUGGCAUCCUACGAGGCAACUUAGUUAUGUCAUUGCAAAUGCUCUCUCCCCCUCCGUCUCUCGAUUCAUUAUUUGUCUUCGAUGCCUCACUGGUGAUGCAGGGAACGCAGGUUAGAUGGUGGGAUGUGGCUAUUGCAAUGCAUGAACGCACAUUUUGCCUCUACGUGACUAAUAAAUUUCAGGGUUUAGAUAAACCCUGAAUAUGAAUUUCAAACCAAGCAACCAUUAGGAUAUUGAAACUGAAUUAUCUAGUCUUGUGAAUUGAUCCCCUCUCCACUUCUCGAGUC